GCUGCUUACAGUCAGUCUGACGGGAGCUGCACAGAGUAACACGCUUUCACUUUCUCCGACAUUGUUUUGAACUCGAAUCAUUUACUUUGAAGUCAAUAGAAUUUUUAUAUAACAGUAUCUUUGAAUUCUUUCCUUUUUAUCGCGAGCCGACAGCUUUGAUUUUAUUCUUUUUAUUCUUUCUGUAUUGUAGUCAUCCUCAUCCUCAUAAAGCGCUAGUGAUACCGAUACCGGUGUUUGUGAUGAGUGUAUGUGAGUGUUCCGGACUUUAUGACGGUGAAUGUGCCGAACAGCGUCUCUGACAGCAGAACCGGACAGUUCCGCGGAUCUUUAUCUAAACUGCUCUGAAAGAUGCUUCAAAAUGAAAAGUCUCAACCGGAGAACUCGAACCCGUCCGAGCCCGAAUCUGACGCGCACACCGAGAAAACAGUAGCGCGCGAGAGCGAGUCCGGUGUUCUGUCCGCUCCGGUUCAUCCGAAACUGCUCAUCAAGCGUCAUGCCGUGACGGACGACUACAGAAUCUCCAGUCAGGUGUUGGGUUUGGGAAUCAACGGCAAAGUACUGGAGUGUUUUAAUCAGAAAACAGGAGAAAAGUGCGCGCUGAAGAUCCUGUACGAGUGUCCUAAAGCCCAGCGGGAGGUGGAGCUGCACUGGCGAGUGUCUGGAGGGCCACAUAUAGUCCAGAUCCUCAGUAUUUAUGAAAACAUGUAUCGUGGGAAAAAGUGUCUUCUCAUCAUUAUGGAAUGUAUGGAGGGGGGAGAGCUCUUCAGUAGAAUCCAGACCAGAGGAGACCAGGCCUUCACUGAGAGAGAGGCCUCAGAGAUCAUGAGAGACAUCGGCACAGCCAUCCAGUACCUGCACGACAUGAACAUCGCACACAGAGACAUCAAGCCAGAGAACCUGCUGUACAAUAGUAAAAGUGACAAUGGGAUUCUCAAACUCACAGAUUUCGGCUUCGCUAAAGAGACGUCUCUGCACAAUCCGUUACAGACACCCUGCUACACGCCCUAUUAUGUGGCCCCUGAGGUUUUAGGUCCUGAGAAAUACGACAAGUCAUGUGAUAUGUGGUCUCUUGGUGUCAUAAUGUACAUCCUGUUAUGCGGGUUCCCGCCAUUCUACUCCAACACGGGACAGGCCAUCUCGCCAGGUAUGAAGCGGCGUAUUCGCAUGGGCCAGUACGAGUUUCCCAAUCCAGAGUGGGCUGAAGUGUCCGAGGAGGCCAAACAACUGAUUCACCAGCUGUUGAAGACGGACCCCAGUGAGCGAAUGACCAUUGAGCAGUUCAUGAAGCAGCCGUGGAUCAAUCAAUCAAUGGUGGUUCCACAGACUCCUCUUCACACCACACGAGUGCUCACCGAAGACUGUGACAUGUGGGACGAGGUCAAGGACGAGUUGACCAGUGCAUUGGCCACCAUGCGUGUGGAUUACGAGCAGGUGAAAAUUAAAGAUUUGGACGCCUCCAGUAACCCCUUACUGAACAAGAGACGCAAGAAAGCCGCUACAGGAGACAAGAGCGCUGGAUCCGGCUGCAGCAGCCAAUGAGAACACACAUGUCAGUCACAUGAUGGACGGAAGGGAAGAACACACAAAGGCAGGAAUAUAGACGUGCUCUCCAAAGAACAACAGAAGAAGAGCAGAUGAAACAGAUGAGUUAUAAAGCAGAACAGCAGACAGGAAGUUGAGCACAUUUGUGUUCUGAGAGUGUUUGUAUCGAGUGAUCUAUUGAAUAAAUGAAACUCUGACCCCAGAUCAGCCGUCUCAAACAUUCAGGGACCGUCUUAUAUUUCAUGUGCUGUAAUACAGGUGUUCUCACAGGUACUUACGGUUGUGAUGAUUCUUACUGCAAAAGGAACAUUAUGAGAAGAAAAGUUUUCCUGGAAUAAUGUUGAGAUUUUAUGACACACAAUAUGACAUUUUCUUUCAAAUGUGUCACUUGAAAACAUGCCAGGAUCACUUGGCACAUGCCCGCUUUGUCGUGAGGCACUGUGGUGUAUAAAUAGCAUGUGCCACACAGAGUUUGGAUAUAAAGCCAACAUUAGUGAGGCCAGUUCCUACUGACCGUAUUUCGAUCAACCGUGACCUUUGCCCUAGUUUCAACAGCUGACCAUUGAGGAAUGAGUCACUUUACCGAGUCUGUGAUUGACAGUUUUAUGACGGGGUCGUGGGAAAUUUCAGAGAAAGAAAAGUUAAUUGAUAUAAAUGUACAGAAUUUGACAUUAUUGCCAUUUGAGAUUAAUCAAUAUGUUUCUCUUCAGGUUUAUUGAUUUGAUUGAUUGGAUAGACACUCAACACUUCUAUACGGGCGAGACCGAUGGUUUGCCACUUUCUCAUCUUCUUUAUCAUCAUGUUUUAGGAAUUCUGCUUUAUGUAGAACUAUAAAUAAUUUCUGCUGAACACAAUGAAACUUAAACAUCAGAUUAAAAAGAAAGAAUAUAACAUUAUUAGUUCUUUUGCACGUCUGAAUCAUUUGUGCAGUUCUAAACAAUAUAAUUCACAUUUGACAUGAUAGAACAUCAGAUUCAUAUUAUGAAUUAUUAUAUUUCACACAUUUGUGCAUUUCAUUUAUUUUGUUUGGAGUUUGAUCAUAUUACACUAAACAUUUAUUAUAAACUUAAUACAUUGCAAUAAAUGAAUGUAGUUAUAUAGAAACUAUAUUGUUUUUUCAUAUCUGUGUUUUCAUGAUAUUGAAGGUGCAUCGGUGCAUUCUACAGAUCAUAUUUAAGCAUUUCUUUUGUAUUUAGUACAAUACAAAUAUCAAAGCUAAUUAUUUAAAUUGUCUUUAUAAUAUUUAUCUUAAAACAAUCUGAUUUUUUGAGGAGGGGUCCUAUAUUACACCCCUGAUCUAAACAGUCUCAAUGUUGGAUUUUAUUGUCAUCAGAAUAAACAGAAUCUCAA